CUUCAAUCACUGACGCACAGACAGGAGCGCACUUUGGAACUGCAGGACUCUUGAGUAACCAUGCAGACUAUUGAAGUUCUGAAACAGGCCCUCUCCAGCCUGGAUCCUACCCAGCAGCAGCAGCUCUUGGUGGCCGGGUCUGCGGUGGCCGUGGGCGGGCUGCUGACCUGUUAUUACUGGGUGUAUCAAGGGAUGAAGGCCAAGCGCAUUCCAAUAGGGGGUGGGUGGUGGGGGGCAGGAGAGAAGCCUCAGUCAGAGGAUGAGAAGGUUUUCCCCUUUCAGGUCCAAACUUCUGAUGAAGAGAUACAGACCCUUCAGAUACACAGCACCACCACUACACUGAUUAUACCUAUCCAGACCCUUCAGAUACACAGCUCCACCACUAUACUGAUUAUACCUGUCCAGAACCUUCAUAUCUGCAAAUAUCGAAGGGUUACAGUGGCCUUUCCCAAUCUCGCUCCUGGGGACUCCAAGGUGUGUGUGAAGGGUCUCCACCUCAACAUGUUAACUAGCAAACUGAGGGGGUUCGGUGUCCUGUUUUCCAUCCUGAUUGGCCGCUACGUGCCCUGGCUGGUUGGGUUCACCAGGGAAGAUGUCAGAAGGUUGUUUGGUUCAGUAGGUUUCAUGGAAAGGAACAUCUAUGAGAUCAUCAGAGAGACUGGCUACCUGCACAUCCAGGGCACCAAGCCAGACUCCGCUGGUUGUGGACUGAAUGACUCUCCAGUUGGCCUGGCUGCUUACAUACUGGAUAAGUUUUCCACUUGGACUGACUUCAACAACAGGGACUUGGAAGAUGGGGGGCUGGAGAGGAAGUUCACCCUGGACGACCUGCUGACCAACAUCAUGAUCUACUGGACCACCGGCUCCAUCGUGUCCUCCAUGAGGUUCUACAAGGAGAACUUAAAGACCAACAUUGAGAACAGACUGGAUAACAAGGCCUGUCCAUACGCCGCGUUUCCCAACGAGCUAAUGCACGUGCCCCAGUCGUGGGCCAGAGACAGGUUCAGGAACAUCUACUCCUACUCUUACAUGCCCCGAGGAGGCCACUUCGCUGCCUUCGAGGAGCCACAGCUCCUGGCUGACGACCUGCUGCAGUUUGUGAAGAAGGUGGAGAAGUUGUAGAGUUGAUGGAUACAAGAGGUCGACUCUCCACUCCUGCCAAGUGCCUGGAAGAAAAACCAACAUGACUGCAGAACUUGAUAACACUACAGCUUGGAAUUGUAGCUCUGUACUAAAAACAUUUAAAUGUUAAUCUAUGAUAAAAAGUCAGAAGCACUGUCUGAUUAUCAGGUAAAUACUUUGUCAAUCAGUGAUG